AUGAGUCUCUUACGCACUACCUUCCUCCGCAAUGCUCCUCGCACCUUUGCCCGCAGCCCUGCCUUGAGCGUCAGCGGCAGACGCUUCGCUUCGCAAGACUACGGCAGCGGCUCUGGCGACCCCAAGGGCGAGAAGCCCCAAGAACAAGGUGCAAACCCCUCUGCCGACAAGGAGCACCCCGGCCCACCACCACCCAAGGUCGGCCAGGGCAGCGGCGGUGCCACCAAGGCCGACAGCACCGGCCACAACACCGGUGCCUCCAAGCAGCAGAAGAAGAGCUUCUCCACCAUGGCCAGAAGAAUGGCCAACCAAGAUUACGGCAGCGGCUCUGGUGACCCCAAGGGCGAGAAGCCUCAAGAACAAGGCGCGAACCCUUCGGCCGACAAGGAGCACCCUGGUCCUCCUCCCCCAAAGGCUGGUCAGGGCAGUGGUGGCGCUACCAAGGCCGACAGCACUGGUCACAACACUGGAGCUUCAAAGCAACAGAAGAAGAGCUUCUCUACCAUGGCUAGAAGGAUGAACCUUCCUGAGGAUGUGAAGCAGCAUAACAAGGAGAUGGACGAGAAGGCCAAUCAGGCUGCUGAGAAGCUUGAUGAUGAUAAGAGCAAGAAGGAUGACAAGGUUGGCAAGCAGUUCUGGGCCGGCCACGGUGGUGCCGACAGGGACCCUUGA